AGGGGCGGAGUUAAGACGAGGCCCUCCCCUUCUCCCGGGAACUUUUAUCUUCCCAAACGUGACCAAGGCUACAGUUUGAACAGCAGGGAGUAGCUGCACGCCCCGAACUUUCCCAAUGGUUUCGGUGACCAGAACCGUGUUUGGAGAGCUGCCCUCGGGGGGAGGGACAGUGGAGAAGUUCCAGCUUCGGUCCGACCAGCUGACUGUGGACAUCAUCUCCUGGGGCUGCACGAUCACUGCUCUGCAGGUCAAAGACAGGCAGGGGAAGGCCUCAGACGUGGUGCUGGGCUUUGCCGAGUUGGAAGGUUACCUCCAGAAGCAGCCCUACUUUGGAGCAGUGGUUGGGAGGGUCGCCAACCGAAUUGCCAAAGGCAGAUUCACGGUAAAUGGGAAGGAGUACCACCUGCCCAUUAACAGAGAGCCCAACAGCCUCCAUGGAGGGUUCAGAGGAUUUGAUAAGGUCCUGUGGACCCCCCAGGAGUUGUCCAAUGGCGUCCAGUUCUCUCGAGUCAGCCCAGAUGGUGAGGAGGGCUACCCUGGAGAGCUGAAAGUCUGGGUGACGUAUACCCUGGAUGGGGGAGAGCUUGUCAUCAACUACAGAGCACAGACCAGCCAGACCACGCCAGUUAACCUGACCAACCACUCUUACUUCAACCUGGCAGGCCAAGGCUCCCCAAAUAUAUAUGACCACGAAGUCACCAUUGCAGCAGAGGCAUAUUUGCCUGUGGAUGAAACUCUGAUUCCUACAGGAGUUAUUGCUCCAGUAGAAGGAACUGCAUUCGACCUGAGAAAGCCAGUGGAGCUUGGGAAACACCUGCAGGAGUUUCACAUCCAUGGUUUUGACCACAAUUUCUGUCUGAAGGAGUCAAAAGAAAAGACUUUUUGUGCAAGGGUGCAUCAUGCCGGAAGUGGACGGACCCUGGAAGUAUACACCACCCAACCUGGCAUCCAGUUUUACACAGGCAACUUCCUGGAUGGCACUCUGAAAGGCAAGAGUGGAGCCGUCUAUCCCAAGCACUCCGGUUUCUGCCUGGAGACCCAGAACUGGCCUGAUGCUGUCAAUCAGCCCCAGUUCCCUCCUGUGCUGCUGGUGCCCGGGAAGGAGUACGACCACACCACCUGGUUCAAGUUUUCUGUUGCUUAAAGAAGACUGAGGAUGAGACCUGGCUCAGAGCCAGGCUGGUCCCCACUAGCCGGCCUCCUAUCCAGCGAGGGCUUGGAAGCUUUAAAGUGGCCCCACGUCUUAUGCCUGGUGGCUGCUGUAGUAGCUUGAAUACUGAUGUCCUCCCAACAGCUGUCUUCAGGCCAUGUCUAAUGACCGGCUCUGCUCUCUGUCCAGUUCAGGUGGCAAAUUAGCUCUUCUACUAAUGCCCUCAUCUAAGGUCUGAUCC